UUGGAGGAGGGAGUAAGAGGUAGGGGAGGAGAAGGCACUAUUAAUGGUUCUGUGAGCUUGUACCCUAGUUUAAUGUGGCGCCGGGAAGACAGCACAAGGUGGAUCUGUACUCCGAAAUGCAGCAAUUUUGAUGUUUGAGUUUGUCUUCCUUCUUGCAAGAGAGGAUUCUAAUAACUCGGUGUCAAAGCCAAAAUACAGACUCAGCCUCUUCUCUUCUAAAAGAACCCGCUGCGGCCAUCAGUUACCUGUCAUCAGGGACAGCUCUCUGGCCGCUCUGCAGAAGUGAAGCAGCCAGAGGAUGAAUUGCAGUGUGGGGACACCUGCUCAGGGAGAUGGGGGACGCCCUGACAGGCUCCUUCACAAGCCACUUCCUGUCUUCUCCAAGACGGGCAUCACGGCUUCACGUUGCGACAUGGAAGCCAUUGCCAAGUUUGAUUUCACCGCCUCAGGUGAGGACGAACUGAGCUUUCACACUGGAGAUGUUCUGAAGAUCUUAAGUAUCCAAGAGGAGUGGUUCAAGGCGGAGCUUGGGAGCCAAGAGGGGUACGUGCCCCAGAAUUUUAUAGACAUCCAAUUUCCUGAAUGGUUUCAUGAAGGCCUCUCAAGACACCAGGCAGAGAACUUACUCAUGGGGAAGGAGGUUGGUUUCUUCAUCAUCCGGGCCAGCCAGAGCUCCCCAGGGGACUUCUCCAUCUCCGUCAGGCAUGAGGAUGAUGUUCAGCACUUCAAGGUCAUGAGAGACAACAAGGGUAAUUAUUUCCUAUGGACAGAGAAGUUUCCAUCCCUAAAUAUGUUGGUGGACUACUACAGGACGACUUCCAUCUCCAAACAGAAGCAGAUCUUCCUGAGGGAUAGAACCCAAGACAAUCAGGGUCGCCGGGGCAACAGCCUGGACCGGAGGCCCCAGGGAGGCCCACACCUCAGCGGGGCAAUGGGAGAAGAAAUCCGGCCUUCGAUGAACCGCAAACUGUCGGACCAGCCGCCCCCCCAGUCCUCGCAGUACCCACCGGCAGCACCGCCACCACAGCAGCGGUACCUGCAGCACCACCACUUCCAUCAGGAACGCCGCGGAGGCAGCCUGGACAUAAACGACGGGCACUGUGGCAUGGGCGUGGGCAGCGAAAUGAACGCCGCCCUCAUGCACCGGCGACACACAGACCCAGUGCAGCUCCAAGCGGCCGGGCGAGUGAGGUGGGCCCGGGCGCUGUAUGACUUUGAGGCCCUUGAGGAUGAUGAACUGGGAUUCCACUGCGGAGAGGUGGUGGAGGUCCUGGACAGCUCCAACCCAUCCUGGUGGACUGGCCGCCUGCACAACAAACUAGGCCUUUUCCCUGCCAACUAUGUGGCACCAAUGAUCCGAUGAGGCCCUUUGGGAAGAGUGUGAAGCUUUUGACUGGAGCUGCCUGCAAGAGGGGACAAGGAAGAGAAGCUGGAAUUACACAUACAUACAUAUGUGUGUGUAUCUAUACACACACACACACACACAUAUAUAUGCCUUUGUACACACACAGUUUAUAAUAGUAA